CAAACUAACAUGGCGGCUGGCGUUGUGAAAUAGUCAAAAAUCAAAAUGGCUGCCAUGUUUUAUUGAUUGAAUGGGACUGUUAUAAGUUAUAACUUGGCUGUUUGUUAUUUAUUUAAUUCCACUUUAUGAAUCCAGUGCUAGCGGUUUAAUGAUUUUUGAUUCAUUAUACAAAUGGCUUGGCAAUUACCUAAUGUAAGUCAAUGGAAUCCUGGCCUUGCUGUGGCUGCUGAUGUUCCUGGCAUGAAUAUGGGUUCAUAUACCCCAGAGCAAUGGAAUUUAAUGCAACAGCAAAAUUGGCAGCAGUGGUCCCAAUGGCAGCAACAGUAUGCUCAGUGGCAAACGCAAUACGGCGAUAAGUAUGCAGAGCAAAUGCAAGCAAUGCAAGCUAUGGGUAUAGCUCCACCACCGCCGGUGAACAAUGUCCAACCUCCUGCUCCCCCACCUCCUGAUAAACCUCCACCUCCUCCACCACAUGAGAAUGAUCAACCAUUAUACGGCAAUCCCGAACCAAAAAAUCCUACACCCUCCCAGACCCAAGUUUAUACAAAACCCAGUGACAAUAACACCAACAUAAAUACAGGUAACAAUCAAAAUUGGCCAUACAAAACAGAUACCCGCAACAAUGCAUCUGCAGCAGCCCAGCCUGUACCCUCGGUUAACACUGAGGCGUUAAGAAAAUUAGCAGAGGAGGAACGUCUCUUUGAUAUCCAAUUUCAGAAAUGGGAAGAGGAAAUACAGAAGUGGAAAGAAGAAAAUGUAAACCAUCCAGAUAAAAGAGCUUAUAGUGAAUAUGAACAGAAGUUUGAAGCUUGCCGUGCUCAGCUCUUAGAAAGAAGACAACAGAUGAAGUUAAAACGAGAUUGCCUGUUAAAUAAUGCUCCACAAUCUACCAACACUACUAACACAGGUAAUAAUAUAUCAACAACUAUUCCUCCUCUACUUCAGAAUUCAAAUUUUAGCCAACAAAAUGCAAACAAACAAAGCCAUCAGAUUAGCAAACCUGCUCAAAAUUAUCAUCAACUUAAAAAUACAUCACAAUACCAGCAGUAUAAUAGGAGUAACAAUAAAAAUGUUGACCCACAAGACAGAUUUGAAUCAUAUCAGGAAAGGAUGGAAGACUAUUCACCAGAGAAUAUUGAUAAUUCUAGUUUUUUACCUACUAGUGGGACUUCAAAAGGAAUACCAGGUUUAGAUUUAGUCCCUGAUGCAGAAAAAGCUAGAGAUGUUAUUGAUAUUACAGAAGAUAAUAGGGAUAUGAGACCACGCCCAAACGCUGGUCCUCUUCCACCUGAUUAUUCUAAAAUUUCAAAGGGAAUAAAUAACAUCCUUGGUGAUGAGAAAAUAAUGAAUAUUCUUUCAAUGGUGCAGAACCAAAAGCCUACUGACCCUAAUAUAGAGAGCAAUCAGAGUGAUAAUCUUCCAAAAACCAGUGCUCCAUAUGCAGGUAACCCUAGUAGUAUUCCUCAAGCAGCUCCUUGGAACCGAAAUAAUAACUACAAUAAUCAGUUUGAUCAAAGGCAGCCACCAGGUCCUAACUAUGAUAAUAAUAGACAGGCACCAAAUAACUAUGAUAAUAGACAGGCGCCAAAUACCUUUGAUAAUAGACAGGCACCAAAUAAUUAUGAUAAUAGACAGGCACCUACGAGACAGGCACAUAUGAGAAAUCCUCCCGGAAACUUUGAUAUGAGAAAUCCUCCCGGAAACUUUGAUAUGAGAAAUCCUCCCAGUAACUUUGAUAUGAAAAAUCCUCCCAGUAACUUUGAUAUGAGAAAUCCUCCUAGUAAUUUCGAGAAGCCUCCAACUCAUUUUGAGAAAAGACCUGCUAGAAAUUUUGAUAAUAGACAGCCUCCUACUAGUUAUGAUGAUAGAAUGCCUCCAGGUAACUUUCAUAACAGACAACCUGCUACUAGGCAGCCUCCUAGCAACUAUGAUGAUAGUCAGCCAAAUGAUCAUUUUGAUAAUAGUCAACAAAGCAUUGGUUUUGAAGAUAGGCAUCAGCCCAAUAAUUUUGAUACUAGACAAAAUAUGCCAUUUAACAGGCAAAAUGUUAAUUUUCCAAUUGGCCAAGGUGUAAAGAGACCACAACCAUAUUCUGAACCUACACAGGAUAGAUUUGGUCAAAACUACAAUGAAAAAGAUGCACCAUUUGUUGAUCAUCCUCAACAACAAUUUCAUAAUAACUAUGAUCAGUCUGAUAAUGUUAACAUGCCAUCCAGAGGAGGAAGACCACCCAUCAGACCUCCAGGACCACCAAGGCCCAUGAAUCCUAUUCCAGAAAAUACAGAUUACCCAGGAGGUUUUAAUAGGAUGCCUUUGCAAGAAAAUGUUAGUGUUCCUUUAGUACCUCCUAAACCUAAAUGGGUAGAAGAACCACUUUUUACCCCAUCCAUUAUUGUUGAAUAUGAGCACAAGCCCUUGAGAUUGAAAGCUCGUGAUUUUAUAGAACCCGUUCAUACUUUUGAUUACAAUCACAAAUCAAAAGAUGGUGAUGUUAAGAAGAUGGAUUUUGAAAAAGAAGUUGAAGACUUGUUUGCAAGGGCCCCACGAACAUAUGAAAAGGAAAAUGAGCGCGGAAGAUAUUCUAAAGAUCCAUAUUCAAGAGAUUAUGACAGACGAGAUGAGUUUAGGCAAAGGUCCCCGAAAGAGGAAUAUCCUCACCCAUAUCGAGAUGAAAGACUCAGAGCAGAUGAAAGAUUUGAUAGACGCGAUGAUCGGGAAGUUAGAUAUAAUAGACGAGAAGAUUAUAGAGAAAGAGAUUUGGAUACGAGUAGGAAUAUAAGAGAUAGAGAUUCAUUGCGAGAUAGAGACGUAAUGCGAGAUAGGGAGAGAGAUUUUGGUCGAGAUAGAGACUUAGGAAGGGAAAGGGAUUAUGGAAGGGGCAGAGAUGUAGGAAGUUAUAGAGAUGUAGGCAGAGAUAGGGAUCUAGGAAAGGACAGAAGGGACAGGGUCUCGAGUAGAGAUAGAGAUAUUGGUAGGGAAAAGGACAUAGGUAGAGAUAGAGAAAGAGAUAGACUAAGAGAUAAAAAUCGUAGUCACAGUCGCGACAGGGAAAGUCGUAAGCGUGGGACCAGCUUAGAUAGCGAAUUGAGUAGUUCCUCAAAUAGUAAAAGAAAAAAAGAAGGAGAUGAUAAGCAACCCAAGCAUGUUGUCAUGAUUGAUGAUUUAUUGGAAACGCCAGGUAGAGAAAUGAGACCAGAGAAAAUAUUAAUUAUCUUAAGAGGUCCUCCGGGAAGUGGAAAAUCGUAUUUAGCUAAAUUGAUUAGAGACAGAGAAGCUGAACACGGUGGCACUGUUAGAAUUAUGUCAAUUGACGAUUAUUUCAUGCAAGAAGGGGAAAUUGAGGAGAGGGAUCCUACAACGGGAAAGAUGAUAAAAAAACCUUCCUUGAAAUAUGAAUACGAUGAAAAAUUGGAAGAGUCAUAUACUUUGUCGCUGAAGCGAGCUCUUAAGAGGAGUAUUACAGAUGGAUAUUUCUCGUUUAUAAUAUUUGAUGCUGUUAAUGAUCAAUUAAAAAGUUAUGCAGAUAUUUGGAACUAUGCUCGACAAUAUGGAUUCCAAGUUUAUAUUUGUACAAUGAGCCUAGACAUACAGACAUGUUUCAAGAGGAACAUACAUAAUCGCAAACUGGAAGAUAUUGAAGUGAUAUGCUCUAGAUUUUUCCCAACCCCAAAUCAUCAUAUCCUCGUGGAUCCUACCACAUUACUGCAAAGUGCUGCUAUUACUGAAGUGCAAAUGGAAGAUGCCGAUGUAGCAAUGGAGGACGCACAAGAAAUUGAGGUCGAAAAUAGUUUUACGUCGAAAUGGGAGAGAAUGGACGAUGUGAAUCAACUAGCGCGGCUCGACGGCACCAGCAAACCGCUUCGACCGUCAAAGUUAUCAAUGGAAGACUACCUUCAGUUAGACGACUGGACUCCUAACCAGGCUAAACCUGGGAAGAAAACUGUACGGUGGGCUGAUAUCGAAGAGAGAAGACAGCAAGAGAAGAUGCGCGCCAUCGGUUUUGUUGUCGGUCAAACGGAUUGGAAUCGUAUGACCGACCCCACGCUGGGCUCCAGCGCACUCACACAGACUAAAUAUAUAGAGAGAGUUAGACGCAAUUGAUGUGAACGUUCUGUGAAUUCUAUGAUGGAAGAUUCUAGAAUAUGUUGACGCAAAAUCUUUAUAGUCGUGUUAGCGCUUUACAAGUUUGAAACUUCAACAUUGUGCAUUUAAGAUAUUGCCGUUCAAUUUUAUAUUGAACGGUAGCUCUCUUUGUUGAGUCCACAGAUUUUUCAUUUGUGGAAAGCAAAUGCUGAACAUUUUUGAAUUUUGAGUCGAUGUAUUAUAGAAUGCGUAAAAUAUAUAAAAAUGUAUUUUCAUAAAGUGAUUGUAAAGUAGGGUAUUUAAUAUUGGUAGAUAGGUAGGUAUUUUAAGUUUUUUUUUUAUAUUGUUUCAAACCUUAUAUUCGGCAUUAGAUUAUAAAUGUGAUUGGAGUUAUUUUAAGUAAGAUUACUCAUUCAUAGUGUACUACGGUAAGCAAUAAAAAGAUGUAUUUUUGCAUCACGAAAAUGUUGUGUAUAAUAGGUGCCUACUUUAGUGUUAAAAUAAAAGUAUAGAAUUUAGAUAUUUUAUUAUCUAGAAUCACUUUCGGCUUUUCCCUGAUUCAUUGCGCAUUAUUUUGAUAUAAACAAAUAUAAAAGCAUGUCAUUAAAAAUUAUCUAAGUAUAAUACUUACAUAGGAAUUACAAAUAAAACAAACUAAAUUUUUCAAGUUAUUAUCUUUCGAGUCAGUCGUGUUAUGGUCUUUAUAAUCUUACAAUUUGGUACGUUAAAUAAACUUAAAGUAACUA